CCCGAGUACGCAUAAUAACUACCACCUGCCCCUCCAGUCCAAAAAGACAAAAAAAAAUCCACUGACAUUUCACCUACUCAUCCGGCACAGAACACUCGGCGUGUACCUGGUACUUCCACUUUCAUUACGAGGACUGAAUAGCAUCGGAUGCUACAACAGAUAUCAUGUCUACAGCCGAUAACCCAAUCUCCCACCACACGAGCCAUACCAUGGGGAAUGGCGCCAGCAGCAGCAACAGCGGCAUUAGAGGCGAAGCAACCCACCCGAUCGGCCACCACACGAGCCAUACCCUGGAGAACGGCGCCAGCAGCGGUAGUAUGGGCGCCCACGGGGAUGGUCAGGGUGGGGUCGGGGUCGGGGGCGAGGGCGAGGGCGUGGGUGAGGCUGAGGCUGAGGGUGAAGGCGAGGAGGACCCGAACGUCAAGGGACGUUCAUCACGCAAUCCGGGCGGUGACUUGGAGACCCCCAUAACGAACCCUGCUGUCGACAUGGACGGUUUCAACCUCACUACUCUGCAUCCUCAACUGCGCGAGCUUGGCGAAUGCGGCGGGGCCACCGAAAGGAGGGCCUCGUCGGCUUGCUCGUCCUCCGCCGGCAGCCUCGCGCGCGAGAGCGACGACGGCUCCGAGGAGGGGGCUAGCACCGUCGCCACUUCCAUGCGCUCUUCCGGCAACCUGUCCAACUUUAGCAUCAUCGACAGCACCCUGCGGGAGGGCGAACAGUUUGCAACGGCGUACUUUACCACCGAACAGAAGAUCCAAAUCGCCCGGGCCUUGGAUGAUUUCGGUGUCGAAUAUAUCGAAGUAACGUCGCCGGCUGCUUCUGAACGGUCGAGGGCCGACUGCGAGGCUCUCUGCAAGCUGGGUUUGAGGGCCAAGAUAUUGUGCCACAUCCGCUGUCACAUGGACGACGCGAGAAUCGCCGUUCAGACUGGCGUCGAUGGAAUCAAUAUGUGCAUCGGCACCUCUUCCCAGCUCAUGAAACACUCCCACGGCAAGGACAUGGCCUACAUCGCGGCCAAGGCCAAGGAAGUCAUCGAGUACGUCAAAGCGAACAACAUCGAGAUCCGCUUCUCGGGCGAGGACUCGUUCCGCUCCGACUUUGGCGAGAUCCUCAAGCUGUACUCCCUCGUCGACGGGCUGGGAGCGAACCGCGUGGGCAUCGCGGACACGGUGGGCGGGGCCACGUCGUUCGAGGUCUUCGACAAGAUCCACGCGCUGCGCCAGGUGGUGGGCUGCGACAUCGAGACGCACUUCCACAACGACACGGGCUGCGCCGUCUCCAACGCCUACGUGGCGCUCGAGGUCGGCGCCACCCACAUCGACACCACGGUGCUCGGCAUCGGCGAGCGGAACGGCAUCACGUCCCUCGGCGGCCUCAUGGCGUGCUUGGCGCCCUCGGAUCGCAAGUACAUCCUCAACAAGUACAAGAUCGAGAAGCUCGAGUACCUCGAGCAGUUGGUCGCCGACAUUGUCGGGGUGGAAAUCCCCUUCAAUAAUCCCUCGGCCUCGUUGAAGCGAUUGUUUGAUGGAACUGGACGUUCAUUCAAUUGAACCAGGCCGAUAAAAGUGGCACCGAGAUGCGAUUCCUGUUUUGUUCCUUUUGUUUUCGAGGCCAUGAAGAAUAAAGAAAAGAUAAAGAAAAGGAGAAACAACAAAAGGGGGGCAAAAAGAACAAAAUCUAGCUCCACGGACAGAGGUAGCCUACACUCGUUACUUACAAUUCGAUCCUCAUCUCUCU